AUGGCAUCACCUAACUCUUCUAUUUCUCAUUCGUCAAUCCAAAUUUCAUCUUCAAAACCUGCCAUCAGUUCGACUUCAAAUUACACUUCGAAAUCCAUUAAAUUAUUAUUGAUAAAUGAUAGUGCAAAUUAUAAAGUUAUACCAAAUCAAAGUAAACGUGUCUCAGCGGUGUGUUGGAAGAGAAUGAAAAUGGUCUCUCCGGCUAAAAAGUUACAUGAUGAAGACGAAUUUAUAGCGAUUCCUGGUUUUGCAUCUUGCUUUAAAUGUUGGAAAACUUAUCGUUAUAUAAAUUCAAGUACUACUCACAUAUAUUCUCAUAAAUGUCCUAAAUUAUUAUCAUCAAAUCAAACAUCUCUUGAUCAGCAUUUUUUAUCAGAAUCAAGUCCUCGUAAAACUGAUCAACGCACAGUUUCUGUUACAAUAGCUAUUGCUCGAAGAAAAGAAGAAAAAAGUGCGACACAACGUUUUCUUAGUUCAGGUCGAGAAUUUGGUUCUGAUACAGUGAUAUCCUCAAAUGAUAUUAUUAGCUGUGAUCGAACAAUUAAAAAUGAAAUUAAGCGUUUAGCUGCUCAUGAAAGAUUAUUACUGAAGGAUCGUUUGGUAAAAGCUGUGAAACAUGGUGGCGUGUGCCCAGGUCCACCGUUACGGACUCCGUAA